GCGGCGCGGUACGCCGGAUCAGUCCGCGGAGGGUCCUGGCCAUGGGGCAGCCCUGGGCUGCGGGGGGCUCUGAGGGGUCGCCCGCGCGGCUCCCUCUCGUGCUCACUGCGCUGUGGGCUGCAGCCGUGGGCCUGGAGCUGACCUAUGUGCUGGUGCUGGGGCCCGGGCCACCCCCUCUGGGACCCCUGGCUCGGGCCUUGCAGGUGACGCUGGCCGCCUUCCAGCUGCUCAACCUGCUGGGCAACGUGGGUCUGUUCCUGCGCUCGGACCCCAGCAUCCGGGGCGUGAUGCUGGCCGGCCGCGGCCUGGGCCAGGGCUGGGCGUACUGCUACCAGUGCCAGAGCCAGGUGCCGCCUCGCAGUGGGCACUGCUCUACCUGCCGGGUGUGCGUCCUGCGCCGGGACCACCACUGCCGCCUGCUGGGCCGCUGCGUGGGCUUCCGCAACUACCGGCCGUUCCUGUGCCUGCUGCUCCACGCCGGGGGCGUCCUGCUCCACGUGGCCGUGCUGCUGGGCCCCGCCCUGUCGGCCCUGCUGCACGCGCAUGCGCCCCUGCACACGGCCGCCCUCCUGUUGCUGCCCUGGCUCAUGCUGCUCACAGGCCGAGUGUCCCUGGCACAGUUCGCCUUGGCUUUCGUGACGGACACGUGCGUGGCGGGGGCGCUGCUGUGUGCCGCAGGGCUGCUCUUCCACGGGACACUGCUGCUGCGGGGACAGACCACGUGGGAGUGGGCGCGGGGCCAGCACGCCUACGACCUGGGGCCUGCCCACAACCUGCAAGCAGCACUGGGCCCGCGCUGGGCCCUGGUGUGGCUCUGGCCCUUCCUGUCCUCGCCGCUGCCCGGGGAUGGGGUCGCCUUCCAGACGGUAGCCGAUGCGGGCGUCGCGGCUUCCUGA